AGAGAGAGAGAAGGUUUUGGGGUCAAAUCGAGUGGCCAAGGGAUUGAAUCGUCUUUUCUAUUUUUGUGUGGUGGUGGUGUUGGUAUUACCCCUUACAGGGUUUCAAACAAAAAAGCUCACAGAGAAGGAAGAAGAAGAAGAAGAAGAUAGAGAGCCCUGAAAGCUCUAGAUAAUACUGCAACACACACAAGCAGCUCCUUCAAGCUCAAACGUAAAAGCAUCAAAUCUCUGAUUCUCUUUCGCUUUCCUUUCACUAUAUUUCUAAGCUUGGCUUAUACCAGCUCAUGGAUCCCUUCGAUUUGGUGCGAAAAGGGUUUGGUUGAUGCUUAAUGAAAGCUGUGCUCCUCUUUAAUUCAGAGCUUAUCGAGUUGUAUCUAAUUCAGUUCAGUAAAUAAUGAGCUUGUCCAAGAAAGGAUCCUUCACGAAUGACACAAAGCUAGGCGCUGCUGCAAGCAAGGCAACUACUUUAAAUCCAAAUGCAGCAGAGUUUGUUCCCUUUUCCCUCAGAUCUCCUUCAUCUGGAAGCACCAGCACAGCUCACGCGGCAACAGCAUUUUCUUCAUCUGGAAGCUUUGGAAAAGCAGUAUUAGAUCGAACAGAGUCUUCCACCUCGAAUAAUUCUGAUGAUGAGGCCCACCAAUAUUGGCGCCACCAGCUCCCUGAUGAUAUCACCCCUGACUUUAAGGUCAUGGGAGAAGAUGAGUUGCCAGGUCUUGGAAACAUCUCUUUGGCCGGAUUGUCCUUGCAUGAUGACAGUGAAGCAACACAGUUUCCUGCUUCUACAGGCAGUGGAUACUUAUAUAAUGACAUUAAUGGUAAUAGCUUUUCUGAAAAGUUAAGAGUUGCUACAUCCCCCUAUGGGGAAGAUCUUUCCUCGCCCAGUUUCAUGCACAUGUCAACCAAGCCUUGGGAUAAACAGAUUCUGAAUAGCAAUCAGCUUGCUAGCAAUGGUCAUGAGGGGUCUCUUUAUGAUGGCAUUUCUAGACAUGGAUUCAUGAAUGAUAUAUUGGGUGAGCAACCAGUUGUUGAUGAUAGCGAAAUUAACCCAGCCGAAUUUUUGGCUUCACAGUUCCCCGGGUUUUCCACUCAGAGCCUUGCAGAAGUUUACUUUGCCAAUGGUGGUGACUUAAACCUGACUAUUGAGAUGUUGACUCAGUUGGAGCUUCAAGUUGAUGGUGGUUUUAAUGAAAAUAUGAAUCCAAAGACCUUGUCAGCUCCUGAUCUUAGUUCGAUGGACUUUCCUGCACUAACUCCAACAGAUGGUCAGCAUGGUCAUCCAAAAUAUGCUGGAGACGAUGAUUUCCAGCAAAGUGGCAAUCCUUAUCGAACUUCUGACAAGGACAGCAUGCUGAUGUUUAAGUCUAGCUCAUCCAUUCCGUCUAGAGGUUCAAUAGAUUUUGCUUCAGCUGUCAGGAAAUUGGCGACUCAGGAUUCUGGUGGAUGGAAGUAUGAGAGGAAUGGGUCUGCUGAUGCCGCUAUUGGCUCAAGUAGAGCUUCCCAUCUUGUAAAUAGCACUUACAAUACUGGGCAUGGAAGAGCCAUCUACAGUGAUAGGUCGCAGACUCGUGGUUCAGCUCGGACUGCUCCUGUUUGGCUUGAAACUGGAGAUGCUGUUGCAAAUAUGUAUACCGAUCUGCGGGAGGAAGCUCGUGAUCAUGCACGCCUACGGAAUGCAUACUUUGAGCAGGCACGACAAGCAUACCUUGUUGGAAACAAGGCUCUAGCAAAGGAACUGAGUGUUAAAGGGCAGCUGCACAACAUGCAAAUGAAGGCAGCUCAUGGAAAAGCUCAAGAAUCUAUAUAUCGCCAGAGGAACCCAGAAAUGCAAGGCAAUGGAAGACAGGAGAGGAUGAUAGACCUGCAUGGACUUCAUGUAAGUGAAGCUCUUCAUAGGCUCAAGCAUGAGCUGAGCAUAUUGAGGAACACUGCCAGAGCAGCAGAGACGGGUCUUCAGGUUUAUAUAUGUGUUGGAACAGGCCACCACACCCGGGGUUCACGCACUCCGGCGAGGCUUCCAGUUGCUGUACAGCGUUACCUACUGGAAGAAGAGGGGCUCAACUACAAUGAGCCGCAGCCAGGGCUGCUUCGAGUUCUGAUGUACUGAGCCAGGAAGAUAGUAUUUUGACAGAGGGAAAUCCACGAAGUCAUAGUGAUCGUAGCCAUUCUUGUAUCUGUGUAUAUGGGAAGCAAUCAAGAUUAGUCCAGUCUGAAAAAAGGAAAGGAAAAAAAAUGGAAGAGAAAGAUGAAGAAGUUAGAGGAAAAAAAAAGAUGGAAAAAAAAGAAGAAGUGGAGAAGUGUAUCAUUAAAAAUAAUGCAGUUGCACACCAAUCUCCGACCCAAAUCAAUUUUCUUCUCCACCAAAAACCCCAAAACCCUUCUCCUUCCUCUCUUCAAUUUCUCCUCUCUCUCCAACCCCAUCUCUCACUCGCAACCCUCUUCUCCAUGGUUCUCUAUCCUCCGCUCCGCCAUUGCCAAUUCAGACUUGCCCCUCGGCAAGCGCGCCCACGCCCUUAUGUUAACCUCAGGGGAAUGCCAAGACCAUUUUCUAAUCAACAAUCUCAUCACCAUGUAUUCGAAAUGCAGGUCGCUCACGUAUGCACGCCACCUGUUCGAUAAAAGUCCUGACCGAGACCUGGUCACCUGGAAUGCCAUUCUAGCAGCCUAUGCCCAAGCUGGGGGCUCUGUGGUUGAGAAUGUUCAAGAGGGACUCGGCCUUUUCCGGCGGCUUCGUGAGUCUGUUGUGCUCACCAGUCGGCACACUUUGGCUUCCGUUUUGAAGCUGUGUUUGCUGUCGGGGCGUGUUUGGAUUUCGGAGGCUGUUCAGGGGUACGCUGUGAAAGUUGGGUUGGAGUGGGAUGUGUUUGUUUCGGGUACCCUGGUGAAUGUGUAUUGCAAACUCAGAAGAGUUAAGGAGGCUCGGGCUUUGUUUGAUGGGAUGCUGGAAAGGGAUGUUGUGUUGUGGAACACAAUGCUCAAGGCAUAUGUGGAAAUGGGUCUUCAGGAAGAAGCACUUGCUCUUUUCUCUAAGUUUCAUCGGAGUGGAUUGGGUCCUGAUGAUGUCAGUGUGCGUUGUGUUCUUAGUGGGAUUCACAAAGUUGAUUAUGAUGAAGGCAAGAGGCACAUGGAGGAGGUUCGAGCAUAUGCAGCAAAGCUGGGGGAGUUUAUAACUAAUGUGGAUGAUGAAGCCCAUCCACCAAGCUCUUGUGUUCCCACUACUAAUUCCGACAUAUUUUUGUGGAACAAGACAUUGUCCAAGUAUAUCCGAGCUGGUGAAAAUUGGGCUGCGAUAGAGUGCUUUAGAAAUAUGAUUAGAUCAAAAGUUGGAUAUGACAGUGUGACAUUAGUAAUUAUUCUAUCUGCGAUUGUGGGCACAAAUAAUUUGGAGGUGGGGAAACAGAUUCAUGGUGCUGCUUUGAAAUCAGAUUUUGGUUCUGUUCUUUUGGUAGCAAAUAGCCUUAUCAACAUGUAUUCAAAGGCUCGCUGUGUUCACUUUGCGAGAGAAGUAUUCAAUCACAUGAAAGAAGUGGACCUAGUUUCAUGGAACUCGAUGAUAUCAUGUUAUGCUCAAAGCGGUUCAGGAGAGGAAUCAAUAAAUCUAUUUAUAGGUUUAUUACGGGAUGGUCUAAAACCUGAUCAAUUUACAAUUGCAAGUAUUUUAAGGGCUUGCUCCUCUCUUCAAGAAGGGUUGCAUCUCAGUGAACAGGUUCAUGUUCAUGCAAUAAAGAACGGUAUUGCUGCUGACAGAUUUGUUUCAACAGCUCUUAUUGAUGUUUAUUCUAGAAGUGGAAAGAUGGACGAGGCGGAGGCCCUUUUAGAUAACAAAGUUAAAUUCGAUCUGGCAUCUUGGAAUGCGUUGAUGUUUGGUUACAUAAAGAGUAAUGACAGUCACAAAGCACUACAACUUAUGAGGAUGAUUCAUGAAGGUGGAAAGAGAGUAGAUGAGAUUACUUUGGCAACUGUUGCUAAGGCCACUAGUUGCCUGGUAGCGUUGGUACCGGGGAAGCAAAUUCAUGCUCAUGUUAUAAAAACAGGGUAUUCAAAGGACUUAUAUGUUAACAGCAGUAUUCUAGAUAUGUACAUAAAAUGUGGAGACAUGAAAAGUGCACACACAGUUUUCAAUGACAUUCCUGCACCUGAUGAUGUUGCGUGGACAACUCUAAUCUCAGGAUGUCUAGAAAAUGGAGAUGAAGGGCGCUCUGUGUCUAUAUACCAUCAGAUGAGGCAGUCAGGAGUUCAGCCUGAUGAAUACACCUUAGCUACCCUUGUCAAAGCUGCCUCUUGUCUGACAGCAUUGGAACAAGGGAAACAGAUACAUGCAGAUGCAAUAAAGUUGGAAUAUUCCUCAGACCCUUAUGUUGCGACAUCACUUGUUGACAUGUAUGCCAAGUGCGGUAACAUAGAAGGUGCAUAUCGUUUAUUCAGAAGGAUGGAUGUCGGGAGCAUUGUCCUGUGGAAUGCCAUGUUGGUGGGUUUAGCCCAACAUGGAGACGCUGAAGAAGCACUAAAUCUUUUCAGAGUCAUGAAAUCUAAUAACAUUUUGCCUGAUAGAGUUACUUUCAUUGGAGUUCUUUCUGCUUGCAGCCACUCUGGUUUAGUUUCUGAAGCUUACGAGCAUUUUUCUUCAAUGCAAAGAGAUUACGGCAUUGAACCUGAGAUCGAGCACUACUCUUGUCUAGUCGAUGCCCUUGGCCGCGCAGGGCGUGUUCAAGAGGCAGAAAAGCUGAUAGCAUCAAUGCCAUUUGAAGCUUCUGCUUCAAUGUACAGAGCCCUGCUUGGUGCUUGCAGGGUUCAAGGGGACACAGAAACAGGAAAACGAGUAGCAGAACAGCUCUUGGCUAUUGAGCCAACUGACUCAUCCGCAUAUGUUCUCAUAUCCAAUAUGAAUGCUGCUGCCAACCAGUGGGAUGCUGUGAACGAUGCUCGUCAAAUGAUGAAACAGAAGAAUGUAAAGAAAGAACCAGGUUUCAGUUGGAUAGAUGUGAAGAACAAGGUCCAUUUGUUUGUAGUAGAUGACAAAUCCCAUCCUGAAGCCGAUUUGAUAUACGACAAGUUGGAGGACUUGAUGAAAAGGAUCGGUGAAGAAGGGUAUGUCCCUGACACAGAGUUUGUGCUUGCUGAUGUUGAAGAAGAGGAAAAAGAGCGAGCCCUAUAUUACCAUAGUGAGAGGCUAGCAAUAGCUUAUGGACUGAUAAGCACUCCCUCAUCUGCCAUUAUUCGGGUCAUUAAGAACCUUAGAGUUUGUGGAGACUGCCAUAAUGCAAUCAAAUACAUAUCAAAGGUUUCUCAAAGAGAAAUUGUGGUAAGAGAUGCAAAUCGCUUCCAUCGUUUCAGAAAUGGGAGCUGCUCCUGUGGUGAUUACUGGUAAACCCAGCCAUACAGGAUAGAGUCAACCUAAUUAAGCAUCUGUUUAGUUCCUUUUGUUGUGAACAUUUUCAAUUCAUACAAUAUUAGUUACUUUUAGUGGAUUAAAUAAGCUCGUUGAUGAUAACAUCAUUUUCAAGUUUCAAGCAACGUAAAUAUGUAAUGUGUAAAUGAACG